GAGCUGGCGGACCAGGCCACACAGCAGCUGCUCCCCGGGCGGGAGUCGGCUGCCCAGCCGCGGCCGGCCAUGGAGCCCUGUCGGAGCCUGGGCCUGCUGGCCGGCUGCCUGGGCCUCAUCUGCCUCGUGGUGGCUCUGAGCACGGAUUGCUGGUUCGUGGCCGUCGGACCUAGGGGUUCAGCUCACUCGGGCCUCUGGCCAGUGAACCCUAAGGAGCCAGUGAGAGGCUACAUCAAGGUGACGCAGAGCUUCAUGAUUCUGGCCGCCGUGCUGGGGCUGGUGUCCGUCAGCUUCCUGGUCCUGUCCUGCGUCCCCUCCCUGUGCGCCCCGGGCUGCAGCCCCCUGGUCUCCUGCAUCACGGGCUUCUCUGCAGCCCUCUGCAACAUAGUGGCCAUGGCCGUCUACACGGGCGAGCGCUGGAGCGAGGUGCCCAGCCCAGAGAUCCAGGCCUUCUUCGGCUGGUCCUUCAUCCUGGGCUGGCUGUCGGUGGUGUUCCUGCUCUGUACAGGGGGCUUGAGCCUGGUCGCCCAAUGCAGAGGUCCCUUGCCUGGCUACGAGCGCAUGUGAGCGGAAGGCAGAGCCAACUGCUGGAGCUCCUGAGACAGCCCUGUUCCUCCUCAGCACCCCACCCGCCCCCCAUCCAUCUGCCACACCCUCACUGCUUCCUUCACCCAGUCAAGUAAUAUGUGCUGCAUUGGAGCCCACCCUGGGGGUGCAUCAGGUGGCUGCAUGC